GAAAGUCUCUCCUCCAGUACUUCUCUUAUGUGUGUCCUUCCUUUUUUCUUGACGCAAUUUUUCUUUCCCCCGUUUUUACUACCUCGUGUCCACAUCGAUUUUUGGCUCUCAAUGCUUUUUCUUUUUUUUUGUCCUUUUGAAUAUUCUUGACAAAAUUUGAUUUUGAGAAUUUUAUAAAGAAAAAAAAGAAUUUUUUAUUUGUUACAAAUUCACUAAAAAAUAUAUUUUAUUUCUCUUUUAAAAAUUAAAUUUUAAAAAAGAAAGAAAAGUUUUAGGCAGCUUCUUUUAAAAGACGGCACAAAAUGCCAUUCAUUUUAUUUAUUUGUCUUUUCUAAUAUUUUAUUUUUUUCCUCUUUUUUUAACCUCUCCAGAGAAUAUUUCUUCUAAAAAUUUUUUCUUUUGUUUGAUUUUUUUUAUUUAAAAAUCAUAUACUUCAUAGAAAAAUAAUAAAAAUAAUAAAAUAAUUUUUCCUUUUCUUCUUUUUUUUUAAUAAUUAAUUAAUUAAAUAAAUGGGUGGCAGAUUUGUAUUAGGAAGAAUUCCUUUAAUUCGAAAUAGUUUAUUUACUUCCUCCUCCUCAACAACAACUAACAAUAUAUUAGAUCACCCCAUUAAUAGGCCAAAAAGAAGAAAUUCUUCUGAAUGUUUACCCCGCCCAGUUCAAUUUGAUGAAUCUUCUGAACAAUAUAGGUGUUUUUGUGGAUGUUUUCAUAUAAAGACUGGGGCCUAUUUAAUUUGUUUUAUUGAAAUAUUUUUUAUUUUGGUAAGUUUUUCUCUUUCUAAAGUAAACAUCAAACUAAUUUAA